AAGUAAUUUUUUCCAACCACCUUUUCAUCAUUGUUAAUAUACAGUAUGAUUAGGACCAGGGUUUUUUCCCUGACCAAGUGAAAUCAUCAGGGAAACCUCUGGGCCCUAGUUAUAGCUUGUAGCCCUCCUGGACCCACUUUAAGCGUUAUCGUCAACAUUUCUCUAUGAUGAAGAAUAUGCUGUAUGUUUGUGAACAUGUGGAUUCUGUGCAUUCUGUUAUUAUCCUUCAAUAUUUAUCUGCCUAAAGUGCAGCAUCUGCUGCAAUGAAUCACUUAAUUGACAUUUGAACAGACUUUUUCCCCACAGCAACCCACUUGUUGAAUUCAUGCAUCUAAUUUUACAGUUGGUGGGAAAUAAUGAUCUCAUGAACAUGGAUGUGGGAUUCCUUGAGCUCUCAGGAAUAAAGGUUAUCUAUUGGUUAUAUAUGUGAUGUGUUUUUGUUUUGUGUAUUCUGAAUAGUAAACACCUUUAGUUAAAGACCCCAGGUUCUUCAAAUGGAAAAAAAACAAUAACCAUCAUUUACAUUACAAAUAAAAUGUACAAACACUGGCUCAUUGUCUUGACGCAUACUGUAACCAAUGUAAUACCUAGAGUUUUCCAUGCAUUCUUUUGCUUUGCAUGUUAUCCCUUGAGACCCUUCUCUUUAGUAAAUCCAAAAUAGUACAUUUGUUAGUGUAGUGGUCAUAGUCCCUCUCUCUUCCACUGCUCCCUUCUUAUCCCUCUAUCUCUCUCUAGAGAUGCAGGUGUUCCCGGGGAAGUUGCAUUGCACAGCAGUGGAGGGUGCAUGACCACAGAGCUCUCCUGUGACAGGUAUGGCAGGCAGGAGCCUGGGAGGGGGAGGGGCCACAGAGCUCUCCUGUGACAGGUACGGCAAGGCAGGAGCCUGGGAGAGGGAGGGGCCACAGAGCUCUCCUCUGACAGGUAUGCCAGGCAGUAUGCUGGGAGAGGGAGGGGCCACAGAGCUCUCCUGUGACAGGUACGGCAGGGCAGGUGCCUGGGAGAGGGAGGGGCCACAGUACCUGUGUGGCGUUGGCAGUAGUGCACUACAGUACACCUGUUGCACUUCUCAGGCUCUCUCUUCCUCCGUCCCUCUCUCCCUCUCUCUUUCUCCCUGGCUGGACAGAGAGCACGGGGGGAGAAGAAGAGGGCUUCUUGGUCGACAUGGAUCCCAACAAGGAGGCCAACAACGGCAGUGAGAAAGAGAAGGAAAAAGAGAAAGUGAUCAAGAGGAGAACCAGGCCUAAUUUCCUGCGCUACAUGCACUUGGAGAGGAGGAAGACGGACACCAUCGUGGUGGCCAACGAUGACACCGCCGCUGAUAUUAAAGGUGACAUCAACCUUGGGACCCUAGUGCGGAGGAGUCAGUCGGACAAAACGGAGUACAGUGCCAAACUUAAAGAGAAAAUGGCGCCCUUGUCCCCCCUGUCGUCGAUCCUGGCCUCCCCGGCCCUCGACCCCGCGGAGGUCCGCCUGAGGAAGAUGAGCCGCAGGUCAAAGGUCAUCCAGGAGCUGGUGCAGACGGAGAGGGACUUCCUCACCGACCUGGAGCUCUGCAUCAGAGAGGUGGUCAAGCCCCUCAGAGACAGACAGGUGGUGGACGUGGAUCGUCUGUUUACUAACAUGGAGACAGUGUGUGAGGUGUCGGCCGCGCUGCUCCACCGGCUGCAGGAGGCCACAGCUGAGCCAGACCCUGAGGCACUAGUCAUAGGGGAAGUGUUCAUUCAGGCCAAAGCAGCGCUGGAGGACGUCUAUAAAAUCUACUGCUAUCACCACGACGACGCUAACUCUUUACUCAAGUCCUAUGAGAAAGAGGAAGGAAUAAAGCAACAUUUCAUCACCUGUGUGUUAUCACUGAAGCAGAUAUACGACCAAGAGGGUAAACCCAACCUGCUGGACAUGGGUUCUCUGCUCAUCAAGCCGGUCCAGCGGGUCAUGAAGUACCCUCUGCUGCUCGGGGAGCUGUGGCAGGCCACGCCCAGCGACCACCCUGACAACAGGCCCCUCCAGGAGGCCCUGACCGCCGCCAAGAUCAUCAACGUCAACAUCAACGAGUUCAAGAGGAGGAAGGACAUCGUGAUGAAGUACAAGAGGACCGAGGAGGAUGGGGGGACACUCAUGGGUAAACUGAAUAAGUUCAGCAUCCACUCUAUCAGGAAGAAGUCUGACAGGCUCACAGGAUACCUCAAGAUCCUCACAGGUGUGGAGCCACAGGUGAGAGAUGAGGUGUUCGACAAGGAGGAGAAGCUGUUCAGGAGUCUGGAGAAAGCAGUGAGACAACUAGUCAAGAACGUCCACUGUUACCUGAUACACAUACAGGAGAUGGUAGGUGUCGCGGUCCAGAAUGCUGCAGACCUGGAGGACAUCAUGAAGGAUCCAGACAAAAUAGACACAAACGGUACUCAGCACCUGAAGAACGGCAACAACCCAUACAAGCACUUUAAAGAGAGGAUGGCACAUCUGGUCCUGGCACCCCUCUCCUCACUCCAAGGCAUGUUCGCCGCCCCGCAGAAACUCAUCCAGAAACGCUACGACAAACUAUUGGACUACUGCAGCCGCCUGGAGCGCUCUCCCUCCUCCUCCUCCACGUCUUCUGCCUCUUCUUCUUCCUCCUCUCCAUCACCUGUAUCCGAGGACCAGGGACAGGUUGCGGCGCGGAGGGACUACGCAGCCCUCAAUGCUCAGCUGGUGGAGGAGCUGCAGAGAUUCAACAUGGCCGCCCAUACUAUCUUGUCCAACUGUGUCCUCUGCCUGGUGACCCUGCUGAAAGGCCUGAUGGACACGGCCUGCCACCACGCACCCUCCAUACAGCAACUACCGGCUCCUUUGUCCAACAUCAGUGAAGUCCAAAGCAGCAUCAUGGAAGAGCUCAACAACCUGACUCUCGUCAAGGACAACGCACAGACUCUAAUAGAACGCAAAGUCAGCUUCGAGAAAACAAAGAAAAUCUUAGCUGUCCCAGAGAUCCAGCGUCAGACAGAGGGCAACAGGACCAGGGUGCUGGACGAGUAUCCAGCUGACAGGCUGUACCAGCUGAAGAGGAACUGUAACGGGUGUCAGGAGCAGGAUGUCAGCCUGCUGGAGGGGGAGCUGGUGGGCCUGCUAGAGGACACAGACCCUCUGGGGAGCCGGGGCCGCUGGCUGGUUGACACUGGCAGCACCCAGGGUUACGUGUACUCAUCCUUCCUGAAGCAGUACAACCCCAACAGGGAUCAGGGUCGACCAGGUCAGGGUACGGGGAUCACAGAGCCCCAGCAGCCCAUCGUGGUGCUGGACGAGGACUUUGACAACCUCAGCCUGUUUGUGUCGGGCAGCGGGAGGAACAACAGCAUACGGAGCCGGAGCAGCAUACCUAACUUCAGCCUCUACAACACCUCCAGUACCUCGCUUGACAGAUGCUCCACCCCGUCCAGCCUACAGGGCGACACAGAGCCAGACAUCCGCCAGGAUGUGGACACAGAGCCAGACAACCAGCAGUUUUAUGCGGUUUACGGGUUCCAGGCACGCUGUGACCAGGAGCUGACCAUGCAGGACAACCAGCAUGUGAGGAUCCUCAAGUUCAGCGACCUGGGAGGCAACAAGGACUGGUGGUUGGCCGAGGCCAACGGACAGAAGGGCUACGUCCCAGCCAACUACCUCGGCAAAAUGUCAUACGCAUAAAGGAAUAGAUUGGGAUUAAGAAGGCCCAAUCCCAAAUGGACUCCUAGCCCCUACAGGCAGGUUUCCCAGACACAGAUUAAGCCUAGUCUUGGACAAAAAUGCAAUUUUAAUAGAGACUCCCAAGGACUAGGCCAAAUCUCUGUUCAGGAAACUGGCCCUAUGGCCUUGUGGAGAUUUGAGAACAUUUGAUAGUUGUACCGUAGCAACAUGGUGAAAAUUCUGGCCAGCAUAUCAGGACAAGGUAGAUUUAUUACUAUAUCCUCUCAAAUCUCCACAGGCGUAGGGUUGAUUUGGGAUAGGGUUUUACUGUAAUCUGUCUGUCUAUAUAAAAAAAAAGAAUGACCAGAAAAUGUCAUUAUCAAAAGAUCAUGACUGUUAAGAUUAUUGCAUAUAUGCAUUUUGCACUAAGAAUGAAGCUAUCAUUGUGCUGAGCACUUAGUAUUGCCACCUGCAGUGUUGAUGAAUUUAUAUUGUGAAUGUGUGUUGUCCCAAUGAAAAUAACGAUUUAUUCUAAUAUAUGUCAAGCAAAUGUAUUUUGAAAGAGAUAAUGCAUUUUAGAGUUAUACAGUUCCUCCAUGUAAUAUGUAUAUUUUAGAUCACUCAUCAGUGAUGAAUAAAGAGUCUUUAUCAGUGG